AGAGGCCGGUGAGGCGCCGGCGGCCACGCCGCGGAGGGCGCAGCGCGGGGGAGCGGGGAGUCGGGGCGCGCGCGCAUGGCGGGGGCGCCGGCGGCCGCCUGAGGGCAGCCGGGCGAGCGGAGCGGGCCACCUCGCGCAUCCCUCGAGCGACCUCGCGCCCGCGGCACCCGGCGGCGGCGGGCCGCGGAGCCGGCGCGGCCAUGGCGACGGGCACCCAGCAGAAGGAGAACACGCUGCUUCACCUCUUCGCCGGCGGAUGUGGGGGCACGGUUGGUGCUAUUUUCACUUGUCCACUAGAAGUCAUUAAGACACGGUUGCAGUCUUCAAGAUUAGCUCUUCGGACAGUCUAUUAUCCUCAGGUUCAUCUGGGGACCAUUAGCGGAGCUGGGAUGGUGAGACCAACACCCGUGACACCUGGACUCUUCCAGGUUCUGAAGUCAAUCUUGGAGAAGGAGGGACCAAAGUCACUUUUUAGAGGCUUGGGUCCAAAUUUGGUUGGAGUUGCACCAUCAAGGGCUGUGUACUUUGCGUGUUACUCCAAAGCCAAAGAGCAGUUCAAUGGCAUUUUUGUGCCUAACAGUAAUAUUGUGCAUAUUUUCUCAGCUGGCUCUGCAGCUUUUGUCACAAAUACCUUAAUGAAUCCUAUAUGGAUGGUUAAAACUCGGAUGCAGCUAGAACGGAAAGUAAGAGGCUCCAAGCAGAUGAACACACUCCAGUGUGCUCGCUAUGUUUACCAGACAGAAGGCAUUCGUGGCUUCUACAGGGGAUUAACAGCCUCGUAUGCUGGAAUUUCAGAAACUAUCAUCUGUUUUGCUAUUUAUGAAAGUUUGAAGAAGUAUCUGAAAGAAGCUCCAUUAGCCUCUUCUACAAAUGGGACUGAGAAAAAUUCCACAAAUUUUUUUGGACUUAUGGCAGCUGCUGCAAUUUCUAAGGGAUGUGCUUCCUGCAUCGCUUAUCCACAUGAAGUCAUAAGGACACGGCUCCGAGAGGAAGGCACCAAGUACAAGUCUUUUGUCCAGACUGCUCGGCUGGUCUUCCGGGAAGAAGGUUACCUUGCCUUUUAUAGAGGACUCUUUGCCCAGCUCAUCCGGCAGAUACCAAAUACUGCCAUUGUGUUGUCUACCUAUGAGUUAAUUGUGUACCUAUUAGAAGACCGUUCCCAGUAACAGGCCAGAAAAUUGUGCUCUAGAAGAAUAAAAUUAAAAAACUAUAGAGAAAUUUUUUUUUUCCAUUGAUGUUUAGAACGUUUGAGACUGAAACAGGAAAGACCAUAAAAUAUGUGGCUCAUAUCCCCUGUUGGACAUUUCCUUUUGGAUUCAUGUUUUCUGGAAGGUUUAAAUUCAUUAACGUUAAUAGUUAAUUAUAACUUUUGUUUUUUAACUUAAGAGGAUUCAGGAUUAAGCAGCAACUAAAUUAAAUCACACUACUUAAUUUAAGUAUAAAUUUGGUUUGUGUCCUCUUUUAUGUUCACUGUGCUAUAAACUUACAGCUUAAGUAAUUUAGUGAAACAUGACCCUAGAAAUUCAGAGAAAACCUGCAAAAUAAAAAUACAACUUUUCUCCUCUGA